ACCUGUGUUAUUAUUUUAGACCUUUGCUUUUUUCUCGUGAUAUCAUACUCCUCUGUCUCUCUCCAUCCUUACAAAAACAAAAAUCUCACCUUUGCAUCACUCUCUGGCCUCUCCCUCUCUCACUCACUGAGUCACUGAGUCACUGAGUCAUGCUAACUCGCCGGGAUAUUCUUAUCGCCGAAUCUCCGAAAUCUUCGCACCAUUCCCCUCCAUUCCAAUAAUCAAACAUACGAAACCUCCUUUUUGCUCAAAAUAAUCAAUAAAAAUGAUGAAACUUAUUGUUUUUUCGGUUUUUGCUUUGUUAUUACAGCAUAGUGUCCGAGUCGACUCGGAGCCGACUCAAGACAAGCAAGCUCUCCUUGCUUUCAUCUCAAAGCUCCCACACAAGAACACCAUUAAAUGGAACGAGUCGGACUCGGUUUGCAACUGGGUCGGAGUCAUAUGCGACGACACUCAGUCCUACGUGUCUACUCUACGGCUACCCGGUGUUGGCUUAGUUGGCUCAAUCCCACCGAACACACUCGGUAACUUGACUCAGCUCCGAGUUCUGAGUCUCCGGUCCAAUGGACUCACCGGUUCACUCCCACCGGAUUUCUCGAACCUGAAGCUCCUGCGGAGCCUUUACCUCCAAAACAACGAGUUCAGCUCCGAGUUCCCACCGAGUCUACUCAGUCUAACUCGGUUAGUCCGUUUGGAUCUCUCUUCCAACGCCUUCACCGGAAAAAUCCCAUUUUCCGUCAACAACUUAACUCAACUCACCGGAAUAUUCCUCGAGAACAACAAUUUCUCCGGCAUGAUUCCGAGCAUAAACACACCAAGUAUAGUAAAUUUCAAUGUGUCAAACAACCAUUUAUCAGGCUCGAUUCCCAAGUCAUUGGCGAGAUUUUCGGCGCCGUCUUUCGCCGGAAAUGUAGAUUUAUGCGGCGGCCCAUUGCCGGCGUGCAACCCAUUUUUCCCCUCCCCAACCCCAUCACCAAACCCCCCAAAUUCCCAAUCCCCGUCUCGAAAGAAAUCGAAAAAGCUCUCUACCGGAGCAAUUAUCGGCAUUGCAUUAGGCGCAGCAGCAUUGCUAAUUCUCUUACUCUUAUGUUGCAUUUUCUGUUUGAUCAAGCGAAAGAACAGGACACGAUCACCAAAAGAGCCUAAGCCGGUGGCUGGGACAAGGGCGGUUCCAGCUGGAGCUGAAGCCGGGACCUCGUCCUCGAAAGACGAUGUCACAGGAUCGGGUGAAGGAGGAGGGGAGAGGAAUAAGCUAGUGUUCUUGAGUGAGGGAUUGUAUAGUUUUGAUUUGGAGGAUUUGUUGAGAGCUUCAGCUGAAGUGUUGGGGAAAGGGAGCGUUGGUACCUCGUAUAAGGCCGUGUUGGAGGAAGGGACUACCGUGGUCGUUAAGAGGUUGAAGGAUGUUGUGGUUAGUAAGAAAGAGUUUGAAACGCAAAUGGAGAGUUUGGGGAAGAUUAAGAGUGAUAAUGUGGUGCCUCUUCGGGCUUUUUACUUUUCGAAAGAUGAGAAAUUGCUAGUUUCAGAUUAUAUGCCUGCUGGUAGCUUAUCUGCUCUUCUUCAUGGUAGCAGAGGCUCAGGGCGUACGCCUCUAGACUGGGACAACCGGAUGAGAAUAGCCACAAGCGCUGCAAGAGGUAUAGCUCACCUACAUGUGUCAGCAAAAGUAGUCCAUGGCAACAUAAAAUCCUCUAAUGUUCUCCUCCGCCAACAAGACCACCAUGACGCUGCUGUAUCAGACUUUGGCCUCAGCCCACUAUUUGGCAACUCCAGCCAACCUAACCAUCGCGUUGCCGGCUACCGUGCGCCGGAGGUCCUAGAAACUCGCAAGCCCACAUUUAAGUCUGAUGUGUACAGUUUUGGAGUGCUUUUGCUAGAGCUACUCACAGGAAAAGCACCUAACCAAGCUUCAUUAGGUGAAGAGGGCAUUGAUUUGCCCAGGUGGGUCCAAUCAGUGGUUAGAGAAGAAUGGACUGCUGAAGUCUUCGACGUAGAGUUGAUGAGGUACCAUAACAUUGAGGAAGAGAUGGUACAGUUGUUACAAAUUGCAAUGGCUUGUGUAGCUACUGUACCCGAUCAACGGCCAGCAAUGCCAGAAGUCGUGAGGAUGAUCGAGGACAUGAAUAGAAGUGAAACUGAUGAUGGCGGGUUACGACAGUCGUCUGAUGAUCCGUCGAAAGGAUCAGACGGUCAAACGCCACCGCAAGAGUCUAGAACACCACCCCGUAGUGCCACUCCAUAAAAUAACAAUGUUCUGGGGGAAUUUUAAAACUUGUGCAGCUAUUUUGGGGUCCGACUUGGACGUACCACUAUGUUCUUUGUUUAUUACAUUUUUUAGUUAGUUUGCUUUAUAUUUAUCUUGGAGAAAAGAAUCUUUCAAUUAUUUUUACUGGGAGAGAGAGGGGGUUUAAAAUUGUUUCUAUGGGGAAGAGGAAGUUUGGUGAGCCAGCCAGCUUCAAAUUGACCAUAUUGUUGAUGUUCAGUUUGUUCAGUUUUUAUCAUUUUAAGUCCAUUUUUCCUA